AUGGCAGAUGAAGUAGCGAAGAGGCAACACAGGCACAUGACAUGCACGGAUAAACCAUACCUCCGCCCGUCCCUGCCUCGGCGCAUCUCAGCCACAUUGAUCCCUUGUCGGCCUUUAACCUUUCGCAAGCCAGAGUGGGUUGUGAAGGCUUUUCAAAGCAUGGCUACCACUGAGGGUCCUGCUAGGGUGCAUGACCGCAACGUACGACGCCGUCCAUUCUCAAGCUGGAUGAGACGACUAGCCAGCCUGAAGAACUCUGAUUCUACUUCAACUCGAUGGUCUAACAAGCGCUCCGCCGGGGCCAAGGGCAAGAAGGGCGACCAGAGCAACAACCCAUACCCACUCUCUGGAACACUCAAUCGUCAAACAGGGAGCCAGACACCGACCGUGUCAUACACCGAUGAGAACUAUGAUGACAACUCCCAUUCCCGGAGCGAUCCAUCUUUGGUGUCUUCGGGAUAUGAAAACCCCGCCCCCUUGACAGGUGCAAAGUCCGCGGCUCCGACCAUCUCAACAAAUGGUGACGCCGGGUAUUCCGAGGCCGCAUAUUCCAAGGCAGGGACCCUGACAACCGGCACGGAAGGAUUUAGUACACAUGAGGGAGGGGAAGGCAGCACGUUCUCGUCGCCCGCGCCUUCGGUCCGCUCGUUGGCCACUACUCUGACGACCGUGCACUCAGCAGCACCCUCGACCCAGCUGUACAAUGCACAGAACAGCCACCCACACCAUCACGGCAACUCAACCCAGGCCUCUUCAAACGGAGCUGUUCACUUCAGCCACCAAUUCCCUCCAAACUCGUCCCCGGCUACCGCAGUCCCCUCACACCUAGUCUCUCAAACCCAUGGCAUGACCUACAGCACAGCAACCGCCAACAACGCUCUGAACGAUAAUGCUUCUGUGCUCACCCUGGCAAGCUCGUCUAAACGCCGUCGCCGCAAUUCUUUGGACACCAACGCCUCCGUGCGCGGAUUGGCCCCGUCUUCGGUAUUCGGUGGGAGCCGUGAGAGUUUACCACUGAGUGUAUUGAGCGGAAACACGAAUGAAGCAUCGAACGCUUCUGUUUUCAAUGCAUCGGGCGUACUAAAUCGGCCAAGCAUUGUUGGCCUUGCUAGCGCCGAGCGCAUUAGCGUCUACUCCUCCACUGGUGCCACACCGCUCGCCACCACCAACGCAGAACGAGGCAGUCUUUACGCCAAACAAACCAAUGGAGAUGCGGCGAGUAUUCGCAGCGGAGCUCAAUCUCAUAAUCGAAACGAUAGCAAUGCCGCAAGUGUUGCAGGAGUCGUGAGUAGUCCUCUCGCUAUGACCGGUCGCAUGAGCAGGAGGAGCUCUGGCUGGGGAGAAAUCACCGGCGAGGAAGACAAUACCGAUGACAAGCCCAGCGAUAUGAUCGAAGAGCGCGAGGAGAAGAGCAAGGACGAAGCUGGUUCUCUCGAUCAAACGCCGAAGAAAUAA